AUGGCCACAGCAGUACAUACAUUUGAGGAAUUCAUAAUUAUUACUCUACGAAGGCCCAAGCAGGGGCCAACAAGGUUCAGUGAGAUUAAAAACAAGCUGAUGGUACCAAGGAAGCUCUCCAGUUUACGCCCUCAAUCCCGCCGUGAAUUUAUGAAUGCGCUCAAGUCCCAACCCGGGUGGCCGGACCUAGUUCGACGGCGCUUAACUCACUGGCAUCCUACGACGUGUCAGGGUCUAGUCAUUCGUCACCAUUCCUCGACGAUGCGGCUCCGGUCGAGCGCGUUCCUAUGGCUCUGGGCUCUACGAUAUGUAUCGGCACUCGAGGAAUCAGAGGCGGGAGUCAUAGACUGGCACAAGGAGCUUGUCGGAGUCCCUUUGACUGACUCUACUAAAGCAUGA